AUGUUUCGCGGUUGUCCCUUUGGACUCAAGCCUAUCUCAUCAACAUUUCAACGCACCAUGAACAUCAUCUUCCAUGAUCUUCCACAUGUACUCACAUUUGUCGACGACAUCAUCAUCUUUUCCAACACACUUGAGGAACACGCUCAACACGUAGCUGAAGCUAUUGAACGUCUCACCAGCGUCAACUUAAUCCUCAACCCCAACAAGUGUCAUUUCGCUCAAGAAUCAGUCUACUUGCUUGGACUUUGUGUAUCAGCACAAGGAAUUGGUUUGGAUCCUCGCAAGGGGGCAAAUGUUCAAGAGUGGCCGGUACCUCGCACUGGCAAAGACGUACAACGGUUUCUUGGUGUUAUCAACUACUUUCGUGAAUCAAUUCCCAAUGCAGCUUCGAGGAUGGCACCUCUCAACAAGCUACGACUUGAGCACCGUUUAGACGACUUAUGGAAUGACAGCGCGCAAGCAGCUUUUAUCGACCUCAAACGUGUGUUAUUACACGCACCUAUUCUCAGCUAUCCAAAUCUCAAACAUCCCUUCCAAGUGGCAACCGAUGCAUCAAAUACAGGGAUUGGAGCUGUACUUUAUCAGAUUAUCGAUGGCACAACACAUCACAUCGCUUUUACGGCACGAUCUUUAUCUCCUUCUGAACGCAACUAUUCCACCACAAAACGUGAGUUACUUGCUAUCAUCUUCGCCCUCAACAAAUUCCAUCAAUACUUAUGGGGCAAUCAUUUCACCUUGUGUACAGAUCACAAAGCGCUGGUCUAUAUUCACACACAAAAAGUGGCUAACGCCGUGAUGAUCAAUUGGCUGGAUACUAUUCUCGAAUACUCAUUCGAUGUCGUGCACAUUCCUGGAUUGGACAACACCCUACGUGAUCAACUAUCUCGCCUUUUUCCCACUGAAAAAGAGCUGGCAGGGGGCAAUGUAUCACACGACAAACAAACAUCCACACAAAACAACGCCAUACACGUUACAGGUAACCAAGGCAACAAUGACAGCAGUGAUGAACAGGAUGAUGACUUAUAUUUUGAACCUCCUGAAAACGAACGUAGACAACUGCUUAAGGAUGCUCAUCAAUGUAAGGAAAUGUUGAAAGACGCACACGCCUUCGGACACUUUGGAGCAAAGGCUAUGGUCGCACAAUUACAGCAAGAUGGACUCAAAUGGAACAACAUGCAUCGACAAGCACAAGAGAUUGUACACGCUUGCACACAGUGUCAACAAAACAACAUUGCAAAACAAGGCUAUCAACCUUUACGUCCUAUACAUGCAUUUCUUCCUGGUGACCAUUAG